AUGGCCUUGCAAUCUCGUCCUAGAGUGCUCAUGUUUGAUAUUGGAGGUGUUUGCGUCCAAUCCCCCUUCCAAGCCAUCCUCGACUACGAGAUCAAGCAGGGCAUUCCCACCGGCUACAUCAACUACUCAAUCCGGGCGCUGACGCCCAACGGAGCCUGGCACAAGCUGGAACGGGGCGAAAUCCCGAACAACGCAGAGUACUUUCGCCUGUUCAAGGCCGACCUGCAGCGUCCGGACCUGUGGGCGCAAUUCCACCGCGACAAGCUCUCGCUCACGGACGCCUCAAAGCUGCCGCCCGUGCCGGACAUCGACGCCGAGGCCCUGUACUGGACCAUGAUGAGCCACUCGCGCAACCCGGACCCGUGGAUGUACCCGGCACUGCUCAAGCUGAAAGCCGACGGCCGGUACAAGCUCGCCGCCCUGUCAAAUACGACCGUUUACCCGGAGGGCCAUCCGUUCAACGACCCCUCGCCCGACGACGUGCGCCAGGUGUUUGAGAUCUUCGUGUCCAGCGCCCACGUCGGCAUGAGGAAACCCAACCGCGACAUCUACGAGCACGCGCUGCAGCUGAUCCGCGACAAAUGGGGCAGCGACAUCAGGCCGCAGGACAUUGUGUUUCUGGACGACAUCGGCGAGAACCUCAAGACGGCCAAGAGCCUGGGCAUUAGGACGAUCAGGGUGGUGCUGGGCAAAUCCAAGGAUGCCGUCAGAGAGCUGGAGAACGUGACCGGUUUGACCUUGGUGGGCGAGCCGUGGACCAAGGCGAAAUUAUAG